AAAAAACUUUUGCAGAAAAAGUUGCACCGGUGCAACAAAUGGAAAGCAGUUAAAGCACCAGGAUUUCUGUCAAUGUCAAAUGUCAUUGCCAAUCUGUUAUUUUCAUGUCAAUUAUUCAGUGAAAUCUUUUCUUUUUGACUUGUAAAUUGAGUGAGCAGCAAUGUCUGCCCAUAAGACAUUUAUCAUCAAGCGAAAACUCGCCAAGAAGUUGAAGCAAAAUAGACCCAUUCCUCAGUGGGUUCGUAUGAGAACUGGAAACACAAUCAGAUACAAUGCCAAGAGGCGUCACUGGCGUAGAACAAAACUGAAGUUGUAGGAAUUUGACAUGUGUUUAUAAUGUUUAAUAUAUAAGUAAGAACAAUAUAAGAACAUUAUUCUAUA